UUUCAGCACCGCAUAUUCAGACGUUUGCUAAUCCUCAGAUCGCUGCAGGAUCGCCGUGCAUGAUGGAGAGGAGUCGUCGUUCACUUUAUUCAGCCCCGUUGCAGCGCCACACUAAAUGUGGGUUAUCCCACAGUUCCGAGGCCCGAGCAUGCCUGGAGCAGCUGGAGCUCAAGGACGCUGAAGACCCAAGAGAAUAUUGUUAUGGUGGUUAUCACCCUGUGCAGAUAGGUGACACAUUUAACAGAAGGUACAAGGUGCUCUCCAAGCUCGGCUGGGGUUAUUUCUCCACAGUGUGGCUCUGUAUGGACCUCAGUUUGGGUCGGCGUGUUGCAGUGAAGGUUCUGAAGAGUGGAGCCAGUUUCACUCAGGCAGGACAGGAUGAACUUACUCUCCUAAGAUGUGCCGGUGGUUCUUCCAGCAGACAUCCACACAGUGAGAAGAUUGUUCAGCUUCAGGAUGAAUUCAAGCUGGCUGGAGUCAAUGGCGUUCACAUAUGUCUUGUGUUGGAGCUACUGGGACCAGACUUGAGAAGUUUGCAGAUGCACUUUGGGAAUCGACGACUGUUUCAGCCUUGCGUCAAACAAAUACUCACUCAGGUGCUGCAAGGUUUGGAUUACCUUCACAAUCAGUGUAAAAUCAUCCACACGGACAUUAAGCCAGAGAACAUCCUGCUGUGUUUGAACGAACAGUCUCACAGUGGACCAAUGGGUAGCAGCAGUAUGUUCGGUGUACCAACUGAGGAUGAGGAUGAGUCUACAGAAAAAGAAGAGGCCACACCCUAUAUGUUAAAUGAAGCUACAGUGAAGAUUGCUGACCUGGGGAGUUCUUGUUGGGUGUACAAACAUUUCUGUGGGGCGAUCCAAACUCGUCAGUACCGUUCACUGGAGGUCUUACUGGGGUCCGAGUACGGACCGCCAGCGGACAUCUGGAGCGCCGCCUGCAUGGCCUUUGAGUUGCUUACUGGAGACUCACUGUUCGAACCCAAAGCAGGCGCCUCCUUCUCCCUGGAGGAAGAUCAUAUAGCCCAGAUCAUGGAGCUGCUUGGUAAAAUACCACCAACUGUAGUUUUUUCUGGGAAAUACUCUUCACAGUACUUCAGCCGCAGAGGUGACCUUCGGCGUGUCGGACCGCUACGGAUCUGGAACCUCUACGACGUUCUGGUGGAGAAAUACCACUUCCCCUUGGAUGAAGCCUCCACGUUCUCUGACUUCUUACUGCACAUGUUGGAUUAUUAUCCAGAGAGGAGGGCCACUGCUGCACAGUGUCUCAUCCACCCUUGGCUAACCUCCUGA